GUGUAAUUCCUGUGCAACGUGAAAAGCGUCAUCCAAAACAUAUGAUCUCUGGUAAUGAAAUCAUUGAUAUCAAUGGGAUUUUCGAAGCAAAUGCUAUCGUUAAAAUUCCUUCAAAUGUCCCUCCUUCUG